AUGGUUAGGCAUUCUACGUUGGGGAAAAAAAGAAAACAAAUGAUUUCGCCCAGGAUCGAACUGGGGACGUUCUGCGUGUUAAGCAGAUGCCAUAACCAACUAGACCACGAAACCACCGGUUGA